CUUUGUUUUGGCGCAAAACCGGAAGAUGUCCUAACUGUCUGCACCUUAAGAAAACUUGAAUAACCUGACCGCAGAGACUCUGUGGCGCUUCAAUCCAAACUAGGUCAAAUCCGCGUUUCUUUAGUGUGUAUUUUUAGAUAAAUAGGCUCCAUUGGACACCUUUAAUAUUACAUUCUACAGUGAACAGCCGGUACAUGUGAUGCGGGAGUGUUAGCAUUUCUGUUAGCUAGUGGAGCUAACAAACCAGCAGCUGGUAGAUGGUAAGGUUGCGUUCAAGAUUUGAGAUAAAGUGAAGUGAAUCGAGCUGUUGCAGAGUUUGUGGUUUGGCUGCGGGUUUAAUGGAUGAACACAAGGAGAAUAUUCAUGCUAAGGGCGCCUAUGUGAAGAUGUCUGAUUCAAGAGAAGAUGAGAAGGCAAAGCCUUGCAGUAGGAUAUGUUCUGCAGGAGAGUCUGCACCCAACACAUCCCCGUCUCAGUCAAACAGUGACUAUAGUCACCCUGUGUAUAAAGAGAUUGCUUUGGCCAACGGACAAAUCAACCGCAUGUCCAAGGAGGAGCUUCGGAUCAAGUUGGCAGAACUGAAGCUUGACACACGAGGGGUAAAGGAUGUGAUGAAGAAAAGGUUAAAGAGCCACUAUAAGAAGCAGAAGUUGAUGCAGUCUGCUGCAGAAGGAGGACCCACUGACACCUACUACGACUACAUCUGUGUAGUGGACUUCGAAGCAACAUGUGAAGAAUAUAAUCCAUCAGACUUCCUUCAUGAAAUCAUUGAGUUCCCAAUGGUUCUUAUCAACACACACACCUUAAAAAUUGUCGACACUUUCCAAGCAUAUGUAAAACCAGAGUUGAAUCCACAGCUUUCAGACUUUUGUGUGAAAUUAACAGGAAUAACACAGAAAAUGGUUGAUGAAGCGGACCCAUUUCCAGUUGUUCUUCAGAGAGUCGUAGAUUGGCUUCAGGAGAGGGAGCUCGGCACAAAGUAUAAAUAUGCCAUUCUCACUGAUGGGGCCUGGGAUAUGAGCAAAUUUCUCAACAUUCAGUGUCGUAUAAGCCGGAUCAGAUAUCCUCAGUUUGCAAAGAAAUGGAUAAACAUAAGGAAAUCCUAUGGAAACUUUUAUAAGGUUCCCCGUACACAGACGCGACUGAGCAUCAUGUUGGAGAACCUCGGUCUGAAGUAUGAAGGUCGGCCUCACUCUGGCUUGGACGACUCUCGUAACAUCGCCAAGAUAGCACUGCGCAUGCUGCAGGAUGGGUGCCAGCUCAGGGUCAAUGAGCGCAUGCAUGCGGGCCAACUGCUCUCGAUUCCUAGCUCAGCGCCUGUGGAAGGAGCCCCUCCACCACAUGGUCCCCGCAGUAGGGACUAAAGCCCAGAGACUGAGGCUUGUGCAUACCAGCGUUAAAACAGGAACCCCUGAUGUCUGUUUAAACUCUUGGAUUACCCCUGUGAAUUUAAGAACAAAAACCCAAAGGACUUUCACAAUCUUGGUAUAAAAUAGUUUGCUGUCAUUUCACUGAUAAAUGGGAGCAGUACUUUGAUUUAAAAUAGUGUUAGUCCUUCUAUAACUGCGACUCCACAUUAUUUUUCUACCAGAUGUUUGAAUGAGAGAGCCUUCAUGUGUCAUUAACGUUUUCUUCACCAAUGUAGUGGUGUCAGUCUGUAAAACCUGCCUUAUGGAGCUGCUACAGCACAUGAAAAAUAAUAAAUUAUAUAAGUAGGACAUGGGAUCGUACCAAUGUUGCAUAAAUCCCGUACAGAGUACAACUCUGAAGAAACACUGGGUCUUUGUCAUUUGGAGAGUCACAUUUAUAAAACUUGUUCUGCAGCAGUUUCACCUCAACAUUAGAAAUGUCAGUGCAGGCCUUCAGAAUCGCAUAACAUAACAGUGGUGCAAGUAUAACAUUAUAUAGUGUACACCGGGAAUUCCGUCCGAGAUUUUUGUCCAACCGAUUUCUCGAAGACUAUUCACCCAAUUCUUUUUCAGAUUCAACACAUAUUUUCUGACUACUAAGAGAGGUGCUGUGCAUAAUUUAAUGGGUAACUUUGAAUUUUUGGAUUUUUUUUUUUUUUUUUAACUUUUUUUUUUUUUUUUUCUUAAAGAUCGAAAUUUGAGACUAGGACAGAAUAAUGUUUGCCUUGGUUUGACUGAGGUAUCCAAAAAGGACAGUAAUUUAGUUUAGUUUACAAUUAUCUUUAGUUUAAAAUUCAAAAAUAAUUCCUUACUAGGCAAGGUAUCAGUGAGCAAGAGGGGUAAAGUGUUGAGCGUCGGGUGGGGGAAUUAGUAAGCUGCUUACUUUUUCACUUAAUAUUCUUUUACUGCUGCUACUUUUGUUUUAAGUGCUAUGUAAUAACAGAAGAUCACACUGUUUGCCACUUUCCAGAGCUUGUUGAAAGAUUUGGGACUGUUAGAACAUAAUUUAUCUGUUAUUUCUUAAUUUCAGAGAUCGUAUGAUAAGAUAUAAAGUUCAGUCCCUUUCAAAACCUUUUUUUAUGAACAGCCAAACAAUAUUUUUCAUUCAGCACUAUAAGUCUUACAUCUAUGUUGUCAGAUUUUACUAUCUUUUAUAUGGAUAUGAAUAAGUUUUGUUUCAUGAAGCUUGAUCUAUUUUGUUCAGAGAAAAUAUUCUAAAAAAUGGAAAACGUUAGAAAUAAAACGUGUUCUUGUAUGCA